CAAAAAAAGACCCCGGUCACGUGACGAACUCUGACUAAAAGUAUACUGUAUAGACAGGUUUUAAUUCAAGGGUGUGUCCAUUUUGGAAUUUGACAGAACACACAAAAUGUGGAACACUCGUUAACAAAUGGACCAUCAAAGAUCGAUGUCGAUUUCAAUACGAUUUAGAAAUUGAUCAAGUGACACAACUGUAACAUAAAGAAUAACCAUGGUUAUCUUAUCAAAGGGAGAUCACAUUUGGUUGGAGACAACCUCCAAAGGCGAGUUUGCUGUGUCCAUCGGAGCUCGUGUGAAGUUCCACGACAAAAACCGCAUCAAUGUGGUGGACGAUGAUGGCAAGGAACACUGGAUUGACCUCAACCGCCCAAUGCGCCACAUGCACACCACAUCCGUGGAGGGAGUGGAAGACAUGAUCCUAUUGGGCGAUUUAAACGAGUCUGGAAUUCUCAGGAACCUCUUCAUCCGCUACAUGGAUAACCUGAUCUAUACCUACACAGGAUCUAUACUUGUGGCAGUGAACCCUUACCAAAUUCUCCCAAUCUACACAGCAGAGCAAAUCCAGUUAUAUCGGGACAAAAAGAUCGGGGAACUGCCACCACAUAUAUUUGCCAUCGCAGACAAUGCUUACUACAGCAUGCAGAGAUAUAAACAUGACCAGUGUGUCAUUAUCAGCGGAGAGUCUGGUGCCGGGAAGACGGAGAGCACCAAACUGAUCCUGCAGUUCUUGGCGGCCGUGUCUGGACAGCACUCCUGGAUAGAGCAACAGAUCCUGGAGGCCAACCCCAUCAUGGAAGCAUUUGGAAAUGCCAAAACCAUCAGGAAUGACAACUCGAGUAGAUUUGGAAAAUAUAUAGACAUUCACUUCAACCAGAAGGGUUCCAUAGAGGGGGCUAAAAUAGAACAGUACCUCUUAGAAAAGUCGAGAAUUGUGACCCAGGCUCAUGAUGAACGGAACUACCACAUCUUCUACUGCAUGCUGGCUGGAAUGACGAAUGAAGAAAAGCAGAAACUGGAUGUGGCGGAUGCAACCAAGUACUGGUAUCUUACACAGGGAGGUUCUAUUACCUGUGAAGGUCGUGAUGAUGCCAAGGAGUUUGCAGACAUCCGGUCAGCCAUGAAAGUUCUUAUGUUCAAAGACCCUGAAGUGUGGGACAUCCUCAAAAUUCUGGCUGCCCUUCUCCAUGUGGGAAACAUCAAAUACAAUGCUAUUGAGAUGGACAAUAUAGAGGCCAGUGAAGUACAGGACAUUCAGUUCAUCAAUAAGACAGCGAGACUCUUUGAGGUGAGAGCCCAGGACUUGAUCGACGUGUUGACAACACGUACCAUUGUGACACGCGGUGAGAGCGUGACAGUUACCAUGGGGAGAGACGGUGCGGCCGAUGUCCGGGACGCAUUUGUCAAAGGAAUUUACGGUCGCAUGUUUGUGUGGAUUGUCAACAAAAUCAAUCUAGCGAUCUACAAACCGUCGAGUACACAGCUUUUCCGGACGUCUAUAGGGGUCUUGGACAUCUUUGGUUUUGAGAGCUUUGAUGUCAAUAGUUUUGAACAGCUUUGUAUCAAUUAUGCAAAUGAAAAUCUCCAGCAGUUCUUUGUCCAGCACAUCUUCAAACUGGAACAGGAGGAGUAUGACAAUGAAGGCAUCAACUGGAAGCACAUUGAGUUUGUGGAUAACCAGGACACACUGGAUCUGAUCGGAGCUCGCCCAAUGAACCUGAUCUCUCUCGUAGACGAGGAAAGCGUGUUUCCCAAGGGUACGGACCGCAGUAUGUUGGACAAGUUUAACAAUAACCAUAGAAACAACAGGAACUACUUAAUGCCCAAGUCCAACAUCAACCUCCAGUUUGGUCUGAAUCACUUCGCCGGCGUGGUCUUCUACGACUGUAAAGGUUUCCUGGAGAAGAACAGGGACACAUUUAGUCCAGACCUGCUGGGACUCAUCCAAACCUCCUCCAAUAAGUUCCUGGUCCACCUCUUCAACAAUGACAUCAACAUGGGAUCAGACACCAAGAAACGUGCAGCGACCCUCGGAUCUCAGUUCAAGAAAUCGCUGGACCUCCUGAUGAAGACGCUGAGUGCCUGUCAACCGUUCUUUGUCCGAUGUGUCAAACCUAAUGAAUACAAAAAGCCACUGGAAUUCGAUCGAGAAUUGUGUUGCAAACAGCUGCGAUAUUCAGGAAUGAUGGAAACCAUCCGAAUCCGUAAAGCUGGAUAUCCAAUCCGGCACUUGUUCAAGGACUUUGUGGAUCGCUACAGAAUCCUCGCCCCAGGCAUCGGACCGUCCCACAAAGAGGACUGCAGGGCCGCCUCCAACAAAAUCUGCUCUGUGGUGUUCAGUGGGGGAGACUACCAGAUCGGCAAAUCCAAAGUCUUCCUCAAGGAUGCACAAGAUGUUUACCUGGAGCAGUGCCGUGAGAAGGAACUGGCCAAAAAGAUCCUGAUUCUACAGAAGACGAUUCGGGCUUGGCAUUGCCGUCGACGCUUCCUGAAGAUGAAGGACAGCUGUAUCACAAUGCAAACAACAUGGAGGGCAUACAUCGCCAGAAAGAGAUUCCUUAUGAUCAGACAAGGUUACAUGCGACUACAGGCCAUCAUCCGGUCCCGAGUGCUGACCGCCCGGUUUAACGCUGUCAGAAGUGUCAUGAUCAACCUACAGAGAUACUGUCGAGGUUAUUUGGUCAGACAGUGGGCGUCCAAGAGGAUGACAUCCAUAGUGAGGCUACAGGCGUGUAUCAGGACCAUGAUAGCCAGGAAGAAGUACCGCAGACAGAAGAUUGAGUUUAAGAAACUACAGGAAGCAGAGAGACUUCGAAUGGAGGAGGAGCAGAGACUCAAGAGGAAAAUGAAUGAGAAGAAGGCGAAACAGGAAGCGGAAAGGCUGUACAAGGAGCGUUUGGCCAAGAUGGAGCAUGAAGUUAAUGAAGAGGAGAUAAGGCAGAAGUCGGAGAUCCUUCACAAGAGAGAGCAGAUAGACCAGGCGGAGAGAAAGAAGAACGAGACCGUCAGCGACUCUAAACUGGUUGAAGAAAUAUUUGACAUCUUUGAUGAUGAUGGAAACGAACCCCAGGGUGAUGGACCGUACCCCUUCAUGGACCUUGAGGAGAAGAGAAGGAGGAUGAUAUCGGAGAACGGACUGGACCUGGAUGAAAUGGCCAUCCCUCUGCCGGAUGACGAGGAAGAUCUCUCCGAGUACAAAUUCUCCAAAUUUGCCGCUAUGUACUUCAAAAACAAUGCCACACACAGUUAUAUUCGGCGCGUGCUGAGAGAACCACUGCUGCCAUUGGCAAGCGAUGGUGAUAAACUGGCUGCCCUGGCUGUGUGGAUUACAAUCUUACGAUUUAUGGGAGAUUUACCAGAACCCAAAUACCACACAGCAAUGGCUGAAGCAAAGGACACAACACCAGUGAUGACAAAAAUCUACUCCACCCUGGGACGGAAAUUUAACAAGAAAGAUUUGGAGGAGGCUCAAAGAAUGGGACUAGAUAUAGAAAAAGAGCCGAUUCCUGGUAUCCGCGGGUCUGGGAAGCGAAGCGUCCGGAAGAAGCUGGUGUCCCUGACGCUGAAGAAGAAGUCGAAGAUUACGGAGGAGGUGACGCGUAAACUAAUGCAGGAGCUGGACAGCAGUUUCUCCUCCAGCGGAAGUAACGCCCUGUUGGAGGACCGACCAUCUUCCAACCUGGAGAAACUCCACUUCAUCAUCGGACACGGCAUCCUCAGGCCAGAUCUACGUGAUGAGAUAUACUGUCAGAUCAGCAAACAGCUGACACAGAACCCAUCCAAAAGCAGCCAUGCUCGAGGCUGGAUCCUCCUCUCUCUCUGUGUUGGGUGUUUUGCUCCGUCAGACAAGUUCAUCAAGUACUUAAGGAACUUUAUUCAUGAGGGACCACCAGGGUAUGCCCCCUACUGUGAAGAAAGAUUAAGAAGGACUUUUGCGAAUGGAACACGGAACCAGCCCCCAAGUUGGCUGGAGUUACAGGCCACCAAAUCCAAGAAACCUCUCAUGCUUCCAAUAACUUUUAUGGAUGGAAACACAAAGACACUGUUGGCUGAUUCUGCCACAACGGCAAGAGAACUCUGUCAGCAAUUAUCGGAGAAAAUCGGUCUGCGGGAUCAGUUUGGGUUUUCUCUGUACAUAGCUUUGUUUGACAAGGUGUCCUCAUUGGGUAGUGGGGGAGACCAUGUGAUGGACGCUAUCUCGCAGUGCGAGCAGUAUGCCAAAGAACAGGGAGCACAGGAACGGAAUGCUCCAUGGAGACUCUUCUUCAGGAAAGAAAUCUUCGCUCCCUGGCAUGAUCCCGGGGAAGAUCUGACAGCCACCAACCUGAUUUAUCAGCAGGUGGUCAGGGGCAUCAAGUUUGGAGAGUACAGAUGUGACAAGGAGGAUGACCUGGGUAUGAUUGCCGCCCAGCAGUAUUACAUAGAGCACGGUAGCAGCCCCACCCCAGAGAAGCUUCAGUCCCUGUUACCCUCCUACAUUCCUGACUAUGCCCUCAAUCGACAAAAUGCUGUCAACUUCUGGCACUCAACCAUAUUGAGCAAAAUCAAAACCCCAUACUUCACCAACGAUAAAGUCCGAGCACAGAAGGUGAAGGAGGACAUUGUGAGCUACGCCAAGUAUAAGUGGCCGCUUCUGUUCUCUCGAUUCUACGAGGCCUACAAGUUUGCAGGACCGAGCUUACCAAAGAACGAUGUGAUAAUUGCUGUUAAUUGGACGGGUGUUUAUGUUGUGGACGAUCAGGAACAGGUCCUCCUGGAGUUGUCCUUCCCAGAAAUCACAGCAGUGUCGAGUAGCAGAACUGGAAAGAUGCAUGGCCAAAGCUUUACUCUUGCCACAGUGAAGGGAGAUGAGUACACAUUUACAUCUCCUAAUGCUGAAGACAUCAGGGAUCUCGUUGUCACGUUCCUCGAGGGAUUGAAGAAACGCUCCAAAUAUGUGAUAGCUCUACAGGACUACUCCUCACCCGGAGAAGGCUCCUCCUUCCUGUCCUUCAAUAAGGGAGAUCUAAUUGUCCUAGAUCAGCAGAACGGGGAGACGGUGAUGAACUCGGGCUGGUGUAUCGGUGAGUGCAUCCGCACCAAGAAAAAGGGAGACUUCCCGGCAGAGUGUGUGUACGUUCUUCCAACCAUCACCAAACCUCCACAGGAAAUACUGAACCUUUUUGUGCAGUCCACGGACCAGACCCUGGCCCCCACCCACCAGGAGACCGCCCCAGACGUGACGGGGGAGAAGAUGUACACCUUAGAGGAGUACUCACUUGACCACUUCAGGCCUCCCCCAAAACGUACCCUGAGCAAGACCCUUUCAACUGCCAGAAGAAGAAAACCAGAUGAAUUAUGGCGGUAUUCAAAAGAGCCCCUAAAACAGCCCCUGCUGAAGAAACUGAUGGGUCGUGAUGACCUAAGCCAGGAGGCAUGCAUGGCAUUUUUGGCUAUCCUGAAAUACAUGGGAGACCACCCAUCUAGAAGAGGGAGAACGGCCAAUGAGUUGACUGACCAAAUAUUUGAGCCUCCUUUGAAAACUGAGAUUCUGCGAGAUGAGAUUUAUUGUCAGAUCAUCAAGCAGCUCACGGACAACAGGAACGACACCAGUGAGAGGCGUGGCUGGGAACUGAUGUGGCUAGCGACAGGGUGUUUCACCCCCAGUACGAACCUGACCAGAGAAGUGCUGCAGUUCCUGCGAUCACGGAGAAACCAGAUCUCAACCGACUGUGUCAACAGGAUGCAGAAGACCCAGAAAAAUGGAACCAGAAAAUAUCCUCCCCAUCAAGUUGAAGUAGAGGCCAUACAACACAAGACGACCCAGAUUCUUCACAAGGUCUACUUCCCUGAUGACACAGAUGAGGCCUUUGAGGUAGAGUCAAGUACGAGAGCCAAAGAUUUCUGCCAUAACAUUGCCAAUAAGCUGAUGCUGAAGUCGUCUGAGGGAUUCAGUCUGUUUGUCAAGAUCGCAGACAAAGUUAUCAGUGUGCCCGAGGGAGACUUCUUCUUUGAUUUUGUCCGACAUUUGACGGACUGGAUCAGGAAAGCCAGACCCACGCGAGAUGGGAGUGUUCCAUCAUUUACCUACCAAGUCUUCUUCAUGAAGAAAUUAUGGACAAACACUGUCCCAGGGAAAGAUUCUUAUGCUGACCAGAUCUUCCACUACCACCAGGAAUUGCCUAAACUCCUGCGCGGCUACCAUAAAUGUGGGAAGGAGGAAGCAGCUCAGUUGGGGGCCCUCAUUUAUCGCGUCAAAUGUGGCGACAACAAAUCUGGUCUCGCCAACAUUCCACGAAUGCUUCGGGAACUCAUUCCAAGUGACUUGGUAAAGGCUUCUUCACCGGAUGACUGGAAGAGACAAAUCAUUGGAUAUUACAACAAGAACGCAGGAAUGUCUUCUGAGGAAGCUAAAGUGGAGUUCCUGAGGAUCAUCUACAAAUGGCCAACCUUUGGAUCCGCAUUCUUUGAGGUCAAACAGACGACGGAGCCAAAUUACCCAGAAAUCCUGCUGAUAGCAAUCAACAAACAUGGCGUCAACCUCAUUCAUCCAAGUACAAAGGAGAUCCUUGCUACCCAUCCAUUUACCAAGAUUUCCAACUGGAGCAGUGGAAACACGUACUUUCACAUGACUAUUGGUAACCUGGUCCGAGGAAGCAAGCUACUGUGUGAGACCUCCCUGGGCUACAAGAUGGAUGACCUUUUGACCUCAUACAUCAGUCUGAUGCUGACCAGCAUGAACAAACAGAAAAGUGUCAAGAAGUGAGACAGACAGAGAGAAAAACCAAAUUUUGAUGCAUUCCAAAGACAGAUAUAUGCAAUAAGGACGGCCGACAUUUUGUCCCGAUGGAACCUGUGAUAAACUUUGUUUUAUUCAUCAAAGAUUCGCCUUGCCCAUUCAUUCAUGAUAACCCUGUUCAAAAUCCAUUCCCUCUCUAUCCUUCAUGUCUGCUGAAGCAUGGCAGACACAUCCCUGUUUCUUGACUUGAUUGGUUGUGAAAUUCUAAUUAUGACAUUAUGAAACCAGGUAAUAUUAAUGGUUGUAGGAACUUCAUCACAUGAUUUGCUUUGUUAAUUGUUACAAAUAUAGAUAUAUAUAUAUAUGAAUAUAUUUAGGCAUUUUAUUUGUUUUUAACACAGAAUAUCGCUGAUGAACUGACACUGUAUGUUUAAUCAUUGUUACAGUACAACACUAUUGGCCUGUAGAUAAAUGUAUAUAUGUACAAGUAUUGUAUCUACCUAUAUAAGCUCUAAAGGUAUGUAUCCACGAGUGCUCUUGUCAUCAGCGCGUUUCAUUCCAAUGGUUACGUAACUUUUCAAAUAUGAUUUUAUUCACAUUUAAACUAAAUUGUUGAUUAGCAUUUAUGUGCAAGGUAGUUUAAAGGAUAAGUCUGAAAUUCUCAAUCACUUCCAUGUAUAUUAAGAUAUCAAAUUUUGUUAGAGUCCAAAUGUUACAUUAGAGUUUUGUAAUUCAAAGAAUUUGAAAGUAUCUAGAUUACAAUCUUGGAGUUAAAAAACUUUAAUGUAACAAAAAUAUGAGAUAAUUAUUCUGUAUUAUUUAUUUAUAAAAAACAUUGUUUGUAUGCAAUAGCCAUUUUGUAUACAGGGUGAAAAAUAUAUAUGCUGUAUAUUAUUUGUUACAAUUAUAUCCUGUCUCAUACACUUAGCUGGGGUCUCAUUUGUGCUAGAACUGUCAAUUUCUUUUUCAUAAAAAAAAUCCUGUCAGGCUCUUGCUUUAAUUCCAGAAAUUAGAAUCAAAUUCAUUACCACAAGUUCCAAUUUUGGUCCAUGUUAAACCACAGAAAAACCAUCAGCCUAAAAAUUAAUACUAUUUGUUAACCAGGACAAACCUAUUGUAAUGAAAUGUAGAUAUAAUCUAUUGUUCAAUAUCUAAGUGUAUAUGCCUUCAUUAAUAAAAUGAUACGGUUGUUAUG